UCUUUUUAUUUUCCAUUUAUUUUCUAGUUUCUCCUAAUUAUUUUUUACUUUAUCACAUUUAACUUAUGACUAAAUAAGUAGGGAAGAAGAUAUAAAGCUCACUUUUUUUUUCUUCUAAGACUACAACGAAAACGCAGCCGCAAAAUCAACACACUUAGUUACUUAGAUUGGGAAAAAAGGGGAUCCAAACUACUUAGAAUUUUUUUUUUUUUUUUUUAUUUUGGUUUUACAACCUGCCUUUUCAGAAUCUAUAUCCAUUAUUGAAUCGGAAAGACAAUUUUUUUCUUCACUUUUAUUUUGCUUUUGCGAACAACAGAGAUGGAAGUCUCUGAGUUAUGUCAUGAUUCUACCCCAACUACCAGCACUACCAGUGCUACCACUACAGAUUCCCCAAUGUCCUUCAAUCACGGUGGCGCCAGUAAUGAUGAGAGUAUAAAAGACACUUCAUCAAUGCCACUGGCAAGCUUUAAAGAAAGUGGAAAAGCAGCUUUACCUUCAUUAAGUAAACAACUUUUCUCUGCAACAGCAAACACUGAUAAGAAUGCGCACAACGUGAAUAAUCAGCAUCAUGUAGCAGUAUCACAAACAAGCCAAUCAGUCUUAAAAGAUAAACAUGAUUAUCGAAUUCAAUAUCAAUUACAACAUCAGCAUUUAAAACCAUUUCUGAAUCUACCUUUACCCCCAGCGUUAGUCAACUCUGCUUCUGCUGAUAAUACAAUCAACAACCAUAAAUCUAGCAGCACUAAUAAUUCUUCUCCGCCACCGCCACCAGGCUAUUAUUCACAGCAACAACCAUUUCAUUCUUAUCCUCCACAAAAUCAAACACAGCAACAGUUAUUCACAAAGCAUGUUCAUCAAAGGCCCAUCGCUCCACACCCUACACCGUCAUCGACAGUAACUGCAGUUAGUUUACCAGCAACUUACUCUGAAACAAAUAGUAGUCAUGAAAGCAUUGGCAGCAGUAGCAUUAGUCUUAAAAGACCUUCUCCAGAUGAUAGUACAAUAGACGAUGAUGAUCAUGCAUUAAAAACAAUUGUAGAGCAAUGUACUUCAGUUUAUCAAAAAAUUGGCAAAUAUCGUGUAGAUCCUUUAACAGAAACAGAACGAAAUAAAAUUAUAGAUGAUGUCUUUAGUACUACAGAACGAAUGUUGAAGCUUUUGAAUGAACUACAGUCUACUACGGCAACAUCAUCCACCACGAGUGAAUUGCUAAAGCAUGUAAAUAACAACAAUAACAACAAAUUUUACAGCGGUAAUAAUGAAACUGCUGUAAAUGACGACUACGAGUUGAUCAGACAAGCGAGGAAUCUACAAAAGAAUUCCAGAAGUAAAUAUCGCAGGAGAAGUAGAACGAAUAUGCUGGGUCAUAGAUGUCACUCUUGUAAUACAACAGACACUCCGGAAUGGAGAAGAGGUCCUGACGGAGCUCGAACCCUAUGUAAUGCCUGUGGCCUACACUAUUCUAAAUUAUUACGAAAAGGCUCUUUAACUGUCCAAACACAUAAUUUCAUGAUUGAACCAUCAUCUUCAGCACCGCCGCAUUGCUCAUCAUCACCUCCCCUACCUCUACCAGCACAACCACAAUCACAGCAACCACAUCCGCCCGCUUUGAGUAAUGAUCAGCGUACUUCCUCAAGAGCAGCGGUAGAAUAUCCCAUUAUUCAAGUUUCAGGAUCGACAAAUACAACUUCAGAACCAAUGGCAGAAGAUGGCGCACCUUGCGCAACAGCCGCAUCAAUACCAAAUACAUCACGGCCAAUGCACUUCAUGCCGUCAAAUACGCGAAUAGUCGAACUGAAAGAUGUGGAAGAGGAUUAAAAACAUUGUGCCUACACACAGAAGUGUGAGUGGUUAUCUUUUUCUUGUCGUCGUAAUCUCUAUUUCUCAUACCUACAGACUGCAACUCUAAUGGGCUGUGGAUCUGCAACCAUAUAUACAACUGUGUCCUUCUUUUUCUCUUCUCUCUCUCUUCUCCACAAUGUGAAUAAUAAACAUGGAUAUGUAUAUAUUUCUUGUGGCCGGUUGACUUUUAUAGCAUUUGAUGAAUAAUUUAGAGUAUAAAACCAAAUCGAUUUAAGAUUUG